CACACCCCACCCUGCUCUCGCACCAACACAGCCGGGGCGGUGCCAUCAGGGUGGGUAACUCGGCCCCCGCACAGCCAGAGCGGAUGGCUUGCGCCAACGUGCCCAGCGCUGGCCCUUCCUCAUGUGGGUGACUUGCAUCCGUGUCCAGUGCAGUCCCCGUGUAGGUGAAUUGUGCCCGCACACCUAGCCGCACCCUGUGUUCACGACUCACACUAUGCUCUGCCCGCCUGGGAGUGGGCUGUACCCAAUGUGCCUAACACCAGCCUCAAUUGAAUGACUCAUGCCAACCCUCCUGUUGCUGCUGCCAGGAAUUCACAUUCCCCAGUGAAAAUGGAGACAUUAAGGGACCUAUCUGUGAAGGAGCUCCAGGAGCUGCAAGGGAAUUCUGAGGAGAUCCAGCGUCUGGCACUGGAAUCAACAGAGGUCCAGGAACUACAGCUGGAAAGGGAGAUGGCCUUGGCCACAAACCGAAGCCUGGCAGAGCAGAACCUGGAGUUCCAGACGCCGCUGGAAACUGGCCGCACAAACCUUUCCGACAGAUACCAGAAGCUGCAGAAGCUGGCAGAACGGUGCCAGGAGCAGAAGGCAAAACUGGAGAAAUUCUCUGCGGUGAUGCAGCCUGGGACCCUGUUAAAUCUUCUGCAGGUGGAGGGCCAAAGGAUCGAAGAGGAAUCUGAGACUAUGGCCGAGAAGUUCCUGGAGGGCGAAGUGCCACUGGAGAUAUUUCUUGAGCAGUUUUCCUCCAUGAGGAAGUUGUCCCACCUGCGACGGGUCAGAGUGGAAAAGCUCCAAGAGGUACUGAGGAAGUCUGAAGCUUCACAGGAACCAGCCAGUGAUUCUCAUUUUAACCACCAGCAUCCUGCUCCUCUCAUAACUCCUGGGCCUGCUGACGAGCAGCAGCCACAGCCCUUCCAAUCAGGAACACCAUCCUUCCCUUUGCCCUAUAGUCCAGCCCCAGGCAUGCCUGUAGGCCCUACAGCCCAUGGAGCUCUCCAACCUGCUCCUUUCUCUGGAGCACCAGUUAUAAUGGGACCCCUCACCUCCUCUCAGCCAAGCACCCAACCCACAUUUCCCUAUAAACCAGCUUCUGGAUACCCACCUGGAGGCUCGACACCAGGAUACUCCCAGCCUCAGACAAGAGGCUUAUCUUCAACUCCAGGGUACCCUGGGUCUCCGUGCAGAGGUCCACCACCUGCCUCAGGUUACCCUCAAUCCCAGCCCAGAGCUCCAUCUGGACUGGGGUACCCCCAGCCUCCCCAGCCUCCAUAUUUCCCACCAGGAGGUGGAAGAACACAGUGUCCAUACCCAACCCAGCCACCGCUACCUAGUUUCCCAAUUCCAUCCCAGUCUCCAUAUCCCCCAGCUUCACAUUCUCCCUUUGGAUACCCACCACCUCGAGGCCCUUCUUGGCCUGGAUACUAGUCAGUACUUCGGGAGAGCUUGCUUCAUCAUCCUCUCCUGUGUCAUGGUCUGAGAUAUCGAUCCUUGCUGAGAAAUAAGCGAAAGAAGAAAGAGCUGGGAGUGUUGUCCUCAGAUCCAUACAUGUAUAAGCAUUAUGUAUGAUGAGAGGUGUGGUUCUGGUGUCAUAUACACACUAGCAGCAUAAGGUGUAAGACAAAGUGGACCGUAACAGGACAUCCGAGGAUUGCACUAUUUUAUGUUUUGGUUAAUGAAUAAUACCGUGUGAUGACUGCUGGCAUUCUUCAGUGGCCACUUGUACUGGUUGGUCAUUCGAAACCGUGUUAGAAAAUACAAAUAGUGGGCCAGAUAAAUGGGCAAAACAUGCACCAGCUGAGGACCUGUGUGUGAGAUGCCUGUGUGUAUAUGGAUAUAUACCAAAAGAAUUCUAAACACAUAGGUUUGUGAGAGAUGGAGUGAGAAUAUUAAACAAUAUUUGACCAGAAAUGCUCAUAUUUCUUCCCAGAGAACUCACUUGGAAACUAGAUUAGCAGAGUCAGCCAGAUUCAGAAUCAAUGCAUAAUUUAUCUUGUCAAUGAUAAAUGACUAGCAUGUUGGGAUAGGUGAGCCUUUGAUAUGCCCCAUGUCACUGUAGCAUAACUCCAAAAUCAGCUUCAGUCCUGCCAUUCCCAGCACACUGCAGGGCCAACAUUUCCUUACCACUACAAUUUUACUGUAAAGCAAAGGUCUGUCCAGUGCUGCCACUGUCUAUCCACUUCAGCUGUUUCCAGCCUACUCGUGGGAAAAGGCCUCUUUAGCACUGGCCCCUUUUAGCUAUGAGACUGGCUGAGCCCUCCUUUGCAGGAUGUGGAUUAUCACAGGGAAGGCAUCAGGGUCAUGAAAUAUCCCUGGGAUUUGAUAUGUGGAAUAUCAGUACUGCCAUGGAGAUAAAAUGGAUUGGCGUGAUGCUUCUGGAGCUGCUAGCAAUUUGGAGGCGAGGCAGCAUGUGCCUUGACCUGUAGAAAUCUGGGUGACUAAGCCUUAUUUGCUGAUUGAUGGUGGAAACACUACUACUAUCCAAACUUUGGUAAUGGUUCAGUGAAGCACUGAGGCAUGUAAGGCCUCCUGCAAUGCCUCUUCCUUCUCUCUAGUGACCUGCGGUAGGGUUGAAGGUACACUGGAUCAUGAAGCAUCCAGUAUCCCUUGCAUUACCCCGCCCCCUGCCCCUUUCCUCCUAUGUUGACCUGAGGAAACAAUGGACCCAACAGAGAGAAUGAAGGAUUCUGAACAUAAAUGGUAUUUUGCUUUGCUCUGCACUUACCUACCAAAUUCUGUUUGCUUGUCUGUAAGUUAUUUAUAAAGAUAGAUGACUAAUGGACUAGACCAGAUUGAAUGCUUUUGAAUUUGGUGGAAACAGUUCCCUAUCUGUGAUUAAUUAGAGUAAUAAAACUUGAUUAAUUGCA